UUCGAAAAGCAAUAGCCUACCUCAACAAGGGGACGCCUACAAAGAUUGGCCACCAAAACCCGCCGCUGCUGCCACUCUCCUCUCGCUCGCGGUGGCACCUCCGUUGUCUAUCGGAUAUUCCCAAACAAUAUCUGUGAUCAAACCGCCCCUCCUCCGCGAAGACACACGUCGGGCCACAUGAAUUUCACAUCAUCCUAUUUCAAGCAUCCACCACAAUGUCGACCGUAGCCCUGGAUCUGAACCACAACACCACAACCAGCGCACCUCAUGCACUUGCUUUAGCUGAAGUGUCCAGUUCCGACAACCCAGCUGAUCUUAAAAGCCGGUCGGACGACCAUGUUCAUAAACUAGCCAAAGACAACAACCCAACAGAUCAGCACCUGGAUUCGUAUCAAGGAGCCACUGGCGAUAAUCUAUGUUCGGUGUGCAAUGACAUCAAGGAUAUCUUCGAUUUUGAAUCAGGGAUUCCGGCAAGAUCUUGGCACACCCUGGACCUUUUGGCACGUUUCGAUAUACCUCUACAUGAGGACUUCUCCAGUGAAGUUUCACCCUCAAAGGUCUGGAAAAUCAUUCCUCAAACCCUUUCCCAGACAUGCCCGUUCUGCUCGUUUCUAGUGGACUGUGCAUCAAGGAUGGCCAUUCAUACCGCGGUUGAUCUCAAAUCAAACGAUGGGUCUCUUGCCCUUUGCGCUGUAGACCUUAAUUACUGCGUUGGGAAAGCUAGCUGCGGGCGCUACAAAGACCUUUCGAGGACCCAAGUAUUGCAACUUCAACUUCGCAGUUGGCAAGGUUGGAAAACCGAGUACCAUGUUGGGCUCGAAAACUGGGAAGACACUCGCCUUAUAUUACCUGUCCAAACCUAUAACGAUGGGCAUGACAAGGUUACAAGUACAAUGGACUGGGAACUCAUCAAAAAGUGGCUGGACACGUGUCGCUCGGAACAUGACUACAACUGCCAUGCUGAUCUGGCAACAACCGCUCUCGAAAAUAUCCCCAGCUUCUGCCUUAUCGAUUGCGAGUCAGAAACGAUUAUUUUAGCGGCAGAGAGGUGUAGUCCAAAGUACGUUACACUUAGCUAUGUUUGGGGAGCUUCAAUCACAUCACCGCCAGUGCUGGAUGCCAAUACAUCCCUCCCAGUAUUACCCAACAGCAAUCAGCGGCUCAAAGUGGUCAACGACGCCAUGGAAACCGUACGAAGGAUUGGAUACCGAUAUCUCUGGGUAGAUCGGUACUGCAUCCCACAAAGCGACCACGAUGCGAAAAGCAUACAAAUCAAAAACAUGGGCAAGAUUUACUCCCUGUCCGUCCUAACGAUCAUUGCAGCGGCCGGCAAUGAUGCUGAGUACGGGCUGCCGGGGGUUAGUUCACCCCCAACCCUUCAACCAGUGUGGACAACAAUACGCAGCGGCAAGAGGGACAUGCCACUCAUUUAUUUCGAGGCACCAAAUAAGGAUAUAUCAAGAUCUACCUGGAACUCUCGUGGCUGGACCUACCAAGAGGCCUUACUUCCAAAACGACGACUUGUUUUCACAGAUCGUCAGGUCUACUUCCAGUGCGAGUCAAUGCAAAGCAUCGGACAUCUGGACCACUGGAUAGAUCUUGAUAGGUGGCCCAUUACAUCCUCCCGAAGCGGGGUGUUUCCGUUUCUAAAGCACCUCCUCUACAAUGUAGAGGUACCAUCACUGCAGGAAGAAUCGAUUUGGAAGCGCAUUCACGACUACGAGAAGCGCAUACUAUCGUAUGAAGAGGAUACCAUCAAUGCAGUUCAAGGUAUCCUCGAAUCCUUCCGAAACAUAUGCGACGUAUGGUUCUUUUAUGGGCUGCCGGUCAUGGACUCAAGCUCUUCGGAUUUCGGCAACUCUCAGAAUGACUCAACCGUAUCCGAUUUCUGGCCGCAUCCAGUUGGGACCGUUCAUGUUCGGGAAAUUGCUUCUGGAAUGCAGGCAAUUCUUAGCAGCUUGUUUUGGCGGGACUGCUGGCGAUACUUCUUUAUCCCGAGAGAUUCAACUCAUGAGACGAAGUUGAGUGAUCAAGCCAAGACACGAAGAAAAGGAUUUCCGAGCUGGACGUGGGCUGGUUGGGAAACUGCUAAAUAUAGGGUCGUCAUUGAAGCUCAGCACGCUCCCGCUCACCGAGCCAAGUACUACCUCUAUGUACCCGAGGGGUUUCUUUUCGAAAUACGGGUCUCGUACGAUAAACAAUGCCUUACCUGGUCGAGGGACAAUCAAGAGAUCCGACGCCGGGCGGAAAACAAUGACCAAUGCCCGAACUUUCUCAUUAUAAGCGGACCGGUAUUUGAUGUAAGCAUCACAUGCACAAGGCCCCCUUUCUGGGUAUAUACUUCACCCCGGUUCCUGGCGACUAAGCUUUUUGGCGGACCUCCAUGCUUAGUAAUCAACGGAGUCAGGGAAGGCACUAUAGGCCUCGUUGCACUUUGCGUCUUUUCCAUGUAUGAAGAUCGUUCCUAUCUCCAUGCGCUCAUCCUACGACCGGCUGAGAAAGAUGCCCAAGGGCAAAUCUAUGAGCGGCUAACAUGCGCCAGGUUUAGGAGUACAGAGUUUGAGCCACAUUUCUCGAUAAAAGAUCUCAAUCUGAGACAGAUGGAGCUUCGCAUACGAUAACCAUCAUGGCAUGAGGCUGUAUAUAGCACAAUUUCUUUCCCUUUAUAUACACGUUUUCGAUCACCUGAAUCUUGGAAAUCGAGCCCAUAUCAAACCACAUGUUCACUUCAA